AUGUCUGAUGUAUGCCGACAACGUACUCUUAUUCCAUCCGUGUAUGACGAGGAAUCAAUACUAGUAUUAUAUGAAGUGGGCAGUGCUAACCAAAGAGUUGAUGGCAUGCAAAAUACAUUACAAGAAGAGUUGGAGUUGGAGACACAAUUAAAACUUAUUAACAAGCCUCCUGUUAAAAGUAUUAAGACAAAAUUUGGAUAUAUUGUUGAUUGUAUUGAUAUUAACAAGCAACCGGCAUUUGAUCAUCCUUUAUUAAAGAAUCAUAAGUUGCAGAGAAAACCUAACAAUAAAAAAAAGAUUGGAAAUCCCAAUUUGAGGAAUUCACUAUCGAAACUCAAAUUUGGACUUGAGAAACCAUGUCCAAAAGGAACAGUUCCUCUUCGGAGGACAACAAAAAACGAUCUCAUUGGAGCUAAAUCAUUACUAGAUAACCAAGUUUUGGCACAACAAAGACCUGGAUAUCAUUCUCAUGUUGCUGAGGUACACAUCAAUCCCCUUGGAACUUAUUAUGGUGUUAAUGGAACUACUAGCGUUUGGCAACCAAUUGUUGAAAAGGAUCAAUCAAGCGCCGCUUUUACAUGGGUUCGAAAUGGACCAUUAAAUGCAACAAAUGAAAUUGAUUUUGGGUGGCAUGUGGCUCCACAACUAUACAAUGGUGAUGUUGGAACGCAUUUAUUCGCACAAUGGACGAGAGAUACUUUCCAAAAGACAGGAUGCUACAAUGUGCUAUGUUCAGGUUAUAUGCAAACUGAUCCAAGACAUUAUCUUGGUGAACGUUUGCAUCCCACAUCUGUACCGGAUGGAGACUUAUAUGAGAUUCACAUUGCGAUUGUCCAGGACAUAGUUACCAGAAAUUGGGUGUUGAAUUUUAAUGGGAUAGAUAUUGGAUAUUUUCCAGCCGAUUUAUUCACUAACUUGGCAUCAGCAAACCAAGUGGGAUGGGGUGGUAGUACAACAACUCCUGCAGGUACUCCUAGUCCUCCAAUGGGGUCCGGAUUAUUUCCAAACCAUAAGACACAUAGUGCCUGUUAUUUUAGGUGGGUGUCAUAUAAAAAUGAGAACCAAAUUUUUUAUGACACAAGAGAUAAUGUGACAGAAGCAUUCACAGACAAGCCCAAUUGCUAUGGUGCUAAAUUCUAUGGAUAUGAGAAAGAUAUUGGAUCUAUUCUUCAAUUUGGUGGACCUGGAGGCCAAUGUGACAAUUGA